AUGGCUUCAGAAAAUUCCUCCACUCUGGAACCAGAGGUCCCCCAGCAACAACAAAGUUUGGAACUUCAGGUAUCUGGGAAGAAAAAGAAGAAAUUGAAAGGAAAAGCAGAGGCAGCGGCUGAACUAGAGCAAGAACGUGCAGAGCCCUCAAAAAGAGACGUUGAGGUCGAAGACCUCACCAAAGCGGGACACCAGGCCCUGCUUCUCGGCAAAGAGGAGGAGGCCUUGCAAAGUUUCAACAGGGCGUUUGCCCUUUCCUUAGAAACCGCAAGCAGGCAGGCCCAGAAGAUUUGUGCUUUCAAUCUGGGCGCGGCCUACGUCGAGUGCGGCCGACCCGAAAAGGGCUUGGAGCUCCUCCUCAGAUCCCAGCCCAAGGAAGGCGAAGCCGCCGAGCAUCAGGGGGACCUUUUCUUCAAUAUGGGCGCCGCCCACGAAGGGCUGCAGGAUUUCCCCAAAGCUUUGGAGUACUUCCGCAAAGCCCAGGGCCACUACCAUUCCGCCCAGGCCGGGAGCGAGGCCGGCACGUACAUGAAAAUGGGCAUGUGCUACUUGGGCAUGGAAGACCCUUCGCGAGCCGCCCAGUGUUUCCUGGAAGCUGGCCGGGCCUAUGCGGAAGUCAACAGCCUGGAAGCGGCUGCGACGGCCCUCAAUGAAGCCGGCAAACACCUGCUGCGAAGCCGGCAGCAUGGGGCCAGCGAGAUCGUCAAGGUGUUGAACGAGUGUCGCCUGUUGUGUGACCAAAUCUCAAACAAAGCCCUGCUGGGGAAACUCUACAAUGAUAUUGGGCUCAGCUACUCUCAGCUCAAAAUCUUCUCCUUAGCGGCUGAGAGCUUUGAGAAAGCUCUUCCGCUCUGCCAAAGCGACACUGACAACCGGUAUAAGGAAGCGAUCGUCCUUCAGAACCUGGGCGCAGUACACAACACCCUCGAGAAUUUCAGCACAGCUGUGGGGUUUCACCGGAGAGCCGCUUCACUACACAGUGCCCUGGGGAACAGGAGAGCCCAGGGACAAUGUUUUGGUAACUUGGCCUAUGCGUUUAGCCAGCUGGAUGAUCAUGAAGCGGCUGGAGAAAAUUAUCUUCAUGCCCUGCAGGCCUUCAAGGACUCAGAUGAUUUCCAAGGGCAGUGGCAAGCUUGUGAAGGACUCGGGGCCUCACGCUUCCACCUGGGAGAUCCCGAGAAGUCCAUUUUGCAUUACAAAGAGGCUCUGACGCUGCUCUCAAAAUGCCAGGAUGUCUCGGAAACAGCUCAGGAGAGAAUCGUGAACAAACUGACUGACGCCCUCCAAUCCAAGCUUUCUAUGAACAGCCGUUUCUCCCACAGUAGAGGGAUCUCACCCGCUGCUCCCAUGAAGCAUAUUCCUACAUCCCAGGCCUCAAGCCAAGUCCGGUUCACCAUGCCGCUACACCACAAGAACGAGAAUUUGCCUCACACUAGCGAGUCAUCCUUUGCACCGCAGAGCCAUCGGGCACAGCCUGUGGAGGAGAAGCCCGAGCACGCCCCGUUGAACCAGAGACCUCCACCACAGGGAGAAGCAGGGAUCCCCCAGAAUAGCCAGAUGAAAGCACAGCAAGCUGUUUACGGAGUCCCCGAGAUGGUAGCUGCCGCCAAGCAGGCAGCCCACCGAGACAGAAUUCCCACUCUCCGAAUUCCAAAUGGCCAGGCGAUCCUGGCCAGCAAUAGCACUGAAGGGGGUGAUCAGCCCAAGGUGGCUUCCGACUACCGCAACCAGACACAGGCUAACAGCAAUACCUCCCUGUGUCCAUCUUCCUUCUGCCACUCUUGCCUCCAGGAUGGGAAGUUCCGUCACUCACAAAGAAACCAUCAGGAAUACAAAUCUGGCCAUCUGAGAAUGAGGAACUUAGAGGGGGCAGACUUCUUCAGCCAAAGUACGGAGCCCUGCCAACACAGGAACAAGGGGAUCCGGUUCAAGUCUAUGUUGUGUGCCCUGAUGUGA